AUGCGCAAAGGCGAGAUGAUGAUGAAGCGAGGCACGGUGGUCGCAGGAGGGGAGGGGGGGUGUCUGAGUGUCGGUCCGUUCGGUGGUUCUGCGGCGAGCUCAACGCUUAUGGACGCGGCCAACCGCCAUGUGUCGGCUUCCAGUCUCGUGGAGAAGACGGAGAGCCGUAUGGCGCACCUGCACGUGGUGCUCGAGUUCGGCGAGGAGAUCACGGAGGAGCAGCUCCACGCGCCGUUUAAGAACAACCCGCUGCACUACAUCGCUCAGCACAUCUGCAUCACUUCCGGGGCGCGCCGUGAAUAG